UCUCAAUUAAAACAAUUUGAUAUGUGUUCUUAAAUUAAAUUGUCAUCUGUUUCCGCGAGGCAGUUUUCAAAUAUUUUUUAUAUUGCUGAAAAUGAAACUGAAAGUAGCACUGACAUUCCUGGAAAUCCAGCUGUCCGGACUGAACUAUCAAUGUUUUUAGCUCAACAAUUUUGAGAAGUAUUUUGUUUGUGUAGUAAUGAAGCAGUUCUCAAGCCUGGGAGGAGAUUGUUUCCAGAAAACAUACAGCAAUUCAGACUGUAGAAAGUGAAUCAUUGGGUGGAAAGUGGAAUGGAUUCUGAAAGAAGAACCAAAGUACCAGAACAACUGAUAAGGCCAAAAAAUCAUCAGCCAUUGAAAGACUUGAAUUACAUGCAAUCGUCUUCUAGUAGACCUGAUAUUGGGGGGAAGGAUUCCAAGGUUACAAUGGAAUCGGGCAAGCAAAAACAGAAAAUCAGUUUAGCUGUAUAUCGUGAACGUGCAAAGUCAAAAAGUCCAGCUAAACCAGAGAAUGAACUUGAAAAAGUUGAUGAGGUAACAAAGGGAUUAGAAAAGAAAGAUGAAGGAAAAGCUUCAGAAAUUGCACUGUUAGCAAAUCCAGGGAUUAGAGAGGAAAGAGCUAUGAGUACAGAUGACGUUGCUGAUGUUAGUAUAGAUCUUGCAAACAUGAGUAUUGAUCAGACGGACACGUAUCUUGAUGAAAAAACUGGAACAUUUAUUGAAAAUGGAAAAGCUAAAGAAUCUGGAAAAAGUGAUCAACAGACUGGAUUGAACCCACAAAAGAAAGAUAAUAAGUUAAAGCUGAAAAAGUCUACAAGUUUGACUAGAACAACUGAAAAAGACAUUGGGAAAAUGGUGAGAUCCGAUAAAUCAGACAGUUCUUUAAUGAUGAAGGAUACUGAUCAAAAAGCAAAAAUUGCUGAUGAGAAUAGUGAAAUGUUCAGCUUGUCUUUGUCAGAGAGGUUGAGAAUCAAGUCUGGUGGUAGCCAGUCUGGCAGCAGUUUUGAUACGCAGGAAAACAAGGUAAAGCUACAGUCUGGUUCACAAAAUGGAAUUGGUUCAUUAGAUGUUAAUUCUGCUAAGCCAGGAAACAGAGAGAAAUUUCUGACUCGUUCCCCUGAGGUUAUUGAUCUUACUGAAGAUGAGGAGAGUCCAGUGCCUGAACCAGUCAAGCAUAAUCAGAGGCAGGACUCUUCAAAUAGAGAAACAAAGAAACCAGAUAACAUUAGGGAGACCUUUGGAAUGGGAAAGAAACAGCCAAUGGAAUCGUUUCAAUCACUGAACAAGCACCCAGCUCCAAAUGUGAUACAUGUACCACCUAAACAGUCCCAGCAAUGGAUUCAGCCAAGGGAGCCGGCACAGUCUCAUGGAACACAGGGGUUUAAACCAGCCACUGAAGAACUUGAACAGAUGGUUAAAGCAGACAUAGCAAGGAGAAAUGAACUGUCAAAGACAUUAGAGAAACAAAAGAGUUUAGUAGCCACAGUGAAGAUGUCGCAGUUACCUGACAAAGGGGAAAAAUUAAGAGCAAACAUAGAUAAUAUAACAAAAAAUAUUACAGAUUUAACAAUGAAAAUCAAACAAAAUGUGGAAGUUUUGAACAGAAAGAAAGCCCAGUCACAAGGUGCGGGUCAACCAAAAGUUAUCCAGUCACAAGGUGUGGGUCAACCAAAUGUAAUAAUGAUACGUCCUGAUGGUAGUGUUGUGAAGAAAGAACAAAAUGUGAGUUCACAGCCGUCAAAUCAGCCUCAGGUGAUCAAAAUUUUUCCAAAUGGUACAUCAGUGGUUCAGCAGCCAGGAAACCACCAGCCACACAACCCAGACAACCUGAGACAGACAUCUUUAAUGCCACAUGUUGCACAGAUACCACCUCAUAUACUUCAGCAGAUGUAUGCAGCUAAUCCACAGGCUAUGCAGCUGUAUGGAGGUCGUAUGACAGCAGCCAGGCUGAGAGAAGUGGGCAGUGUAACCAAGGAAGCUAUUGAAAAAUUGCACAAACAGUUGGAGACGUGUCCUAAGUCAACUGAAGAAUUAGAGGACCCUGAAGGGGUAGUGAUACCACUGAUGACCCACCAGAAACAGGCACUGAUGUGGCUAGUGUGGAGAGAAAGGCAGACACCCUCUGGUGGCAUUCUUGCUGAUGACAUGGGUCUGGGUAAAACACUGACAAUGAUAUCAUUGAUUAUAAAACAGAAGGAACUUCGGAAAGGAGGAUCUGAGGAAGAUAAACAAGUCUGGCUAAACAGAGAUAAACAACUCGAAAAAUUGGGUAAAUCAGUAGUGAAAUCAAAUGCUACAUUAGUAAUAUGUCCAGCUUCUUUGAUACAUCAGUGGAAAACAGAGAUAGAAAGGCGAUGUAAACCUGGUCUACUCCGUGUCUGUAUGUACCAUGGUCCCAACAGGGAAGCAAAUGUUCUCAAGUUGGCAAGUCAUGAUGUCGUGAUUACUACGUAUAAUAUCAUCGCCAAGGAAGUAGAACUUGAUGAAAAUGACAAAAAUGGAGAGCAGCCGGUAAAAGAUGACAAUGAUGUUGAGGAUAAAGGCAAAUCUGAGGGAGAGGAAAAUAAGGUUGAAGACAAACCUAGGAGGAAUAUGCCAAAUGUGAUGAGAAUUGCUUGGGAGAGAAUUAUCUUAGAUGAAGGACAUAACAUCAAGAACCACAAGAGCUUGCAGUCCCGGGCUGUAUGUAGAUUGAGAGCGGGCUUCAGAUGGGCUCUCACUGGCACACCCAUACAAAAUGAUCUCCUUGAUAUGUACUCGUUACUCAGGUUUUUGAGAUGUACUCCAUUUGAUGAAUACAAGGUUUGGAAACGACAGGUUGACACUGGAAGUUCAACUGGGCAGAACAGAUUGAAUGUACUGGUGAAAACUUUGUUAUUGAGGAGAACCAAGUCACAGACAGGAGCUACAGGAAAACCGCUGGUACCUUUACCAGAAAAGUCCUCUAGAACACAUGAACUUCAGUUGUCAGAGCAGGAGAGACAGGUGUAUGACAAGGUCUUUGCACAGUCUAGGUCUGUCCUAAAAGAAUAUUUGAAGAGACAUGAGGAAAAAGAAAUGUUAAAGGAUGGCUACGUUCCACCAAAACCAUCCAAUCCCUUUAUGGAUAAGUCACCAUCAUCUAGUCUGGUACCCAGGUCUGGCUCAGGGCUGUCGGGGACACAGUCUACAACAGAAGGAGCAGGUACCAGUCAGGCGACUGGACAGCACAUUUUGGUCAUGUUGCUACGGUUACGGCAGUGCUGCUGCCAUCUGAGUCUAAUGAAAGAUGCAUUAGAUGAAGAGACGCAAAGUAAUGAGGGGCUAGAGCUAACAUUAGAAGAACAGAUGAUGGACUUGAUGCUUAAUGAUGAGAAGGAAGAAGAACCUGUUGUUAAAAAGUCUUCACUCAUCUUUGAAAAGGAAGCACUAAGUACUAAGAUGCAAGCUUUGAUGAAUGAGCUGAGAGAAAUCCAUAGACCCACAAGUAUGAAAGAAAAAUGUAAAAGUGUGAUUGUAUCCCAGUGGACAAAGAUGUUGGACAUUGUAGCUGUACAUCUACGUAAACUAAACAUUCGUUGUUCAGUCAUACAAGGCAAUAUUCCUGCAAAGAAGAGAAUGGAGUUUGUGGAUCAGUUUAACAAUGAUAAGCAUGGCCCAGAGGUAAUGCUCGUGUCUCUACGUGCUGGAGGGUGUGGCCUCAACCUGAUUGGUGGAAAUCACCUUUUCUUACUAGACAGUCACUGGAACCCUGCCCUGGAGGACCAGGCAUGUGACCGAAUAUACAGGGUUGGGCAAAAGAAAAAUGUGUAUAUUCAUAGGUUUUUAUGUAAAGACACAGUUGAAGAAAAGAUACUUCAGUUACAGAAAAGAAAGAUGGAUUUAGCAAAGAAUGUACUAACUGGGAGUGCAAUGUCCAAGAAUAAAUUAACAUUGGCAGAUCUAAGGAUGCUAUUUGGUGUUUGAUUAUGCUACCAUAAUCUAAAUGUAGCAGUUAUAUGAACAUAGUACCAAAGUGUUGUGCCUAGCACUAGCAACAGCAUUUAUGUGAAUUAAGUACCAAACACUAAAUACAACAUAUGAUGAGAGGAACGGUUUGGAAAGUUCAGCCAGUUCAAGAGUUGAUCUCCUAAUUCAGUUUGUCUCUUAGUUCUUGGAAAGGCAUUGGCUUACAUAAGUAAUUGAAUAUAGCAUAUGUCACAAAAUGGGAUUGGUCUGAAAAUAGUGUCUUUGCACUAUUUCGAUAUGACAUACAAAUUGGCCACCUACUGACAAAGCAUGUUGCUGGUCAAGUUGUUAAUAUUUCUAGAUAAUGUAGACAUGUUGUCAGUGUCGGAGACAUUGGAAUGUUGUUUUGGAAAAUGAAUAUCAGCAUGUUAUACUGUUGGUCAAAUUAUAGUUUACUCAGACAUGUGCAGAGGUGCUUAAUGUACAAAUAUUUAUAAUGGAUGUGUAUAUUUAAGCUUUAGCCUGGUGAUGGCAAGUGGUUUUGCCUUUGCGACCACUGCAGACCAAGAUCAGCCUGCACAUCCGUUUCUAGGAUUUGUAGACAUGUUGUCAGUGUCAGUGACAGUGGAAUGUUGUUUUGGAUAUCGGCAUGUUAUACUGUUGUUAAAAUUCUACUAUACAAAAUAACUUCUUAUUAAGGAUUUUUUCAGCUGGUUGUGUUGGUAACCAAAUUCUCUGAUGAUACAGCAGAACUGUUACUCUGACUGCUUUUAUUUUUGUUAGCAUGCAGUAUAAUUAUGUCUCCCACCACACAGUGGUGUGGGAGACAUAUUGAUUUACUCCAGUCUGUGUGUCUGUCACAAAGCUUGUCUGCUCUCUAAGUCGAAUAUUUCUCAUCCGAUCUUCACCAAACUUCAACAAAAUGUGUUUGCCAAUAAGUGCUCAGCCAAGUUUGAUAACUAGCCAAAUCGGCCCAGGCACUUCGGAAUUAUGGCCCUUGAAUUACCAUAAAACGCUCAGAUUUCUUGCGCAUUUUUGACCUCAAAACGGCGCCUAUACUACUUUUAAAUGUAGUAUAGACGUCCUUUUGGUGUCAAAAAUGCACAUGCACAUGUGCUGUAAGUAAACAGUAUAUGAAGACUGACUUACUAUUUAGCACGUUUAGAUGAUUAGGCAGUUGUCGGAGACAUGCGCUUUUCUCAAAAGCAUCUCUAGUUAUUGCUUUAUUUUCUCCAAGAUACAGAUAUAAAAUAAACAUAAUUCAAAUGGUUUUCCGGACAGGUAGUGGGAUUUUCUUUUUCUUUUUUAGCUCAUCUGAUUUUUUGAAAAAAAAAUGAUGAGUUAUUGUCAUCACUUGAGCGGUUGUCGGCGUCGGCGUUGCCUGGUUAAGUUUUAUGUUUAGGUCAGCUUUUCUCCUAAACUAUCAAAGCUAUUGCUUUGAAACUUGGAAUACUUGUUCACCAUCAUAAGCUGACCCUGUAUAGCAAGAAACAUAACUCCAUCUUGCUUUUUGCAAGAUUUAUGGCCCCUUUUAUACUUAGAAAAUAUCAGAUUUCUUGGUUAAGUUUUAUGUUUAGGUCAACUUUUCUCCUAAACUAUCAAAGCUAUUGCUUUGAAACUUGGAAUACUUGUUCACCAUCAUAAGCAGACCCUGUACAUCAAGAAACAUAACUCCAUCUUGCUUUUUGCAAGAAUUAUUGCCCCUUUUGGACUUAGAAGAUCAGUUUUCUUGGUUUAGUUUUAUGUUUAGGUCAGCUUUUAUCCUAAACUAUCAAAGCUAUUCCUUUAAAACUUGCAACACUUGUUCACCAUCAUAAGCUGACCCUGUACAGCAAGAAACAUAACUCCAUCCUGCUUUUUGCAAGAUUUAUGGCCCCUUUUGGACUUAGAAAAUAUCAGAUUUCUUGGUUAAGUUUUAUGUUUAGGUCAACUUUUUCUCUUAAACUAUCAAAGCUAUUGCUUUAAAACUUGCAACUCUUGUUCACCAUCAUAAGCUGACCCUGUACAGCAAGCAACAUAACUCCAUCCUGCUUUUUGCAAUAAUUAUUGCCCCUUUUGGACUUCAAAAUCAUUUUCUUGGUUGAAUAUUAUGUUUAAGUCAACUUUUCUCAUAAACUAUCAAAGCUAUUGCUUUAAAACUUGCAACAGUUUUUCACCAUCAUAAGUGGACACUGUACAUCAAGAAACAUAACUCUAUCCUGCUUUUUGCAAGAGUGAUGGCCCUUUUUAGACUUAGAAAAUCAUGGGUAGGACAAUAUUUCUAUUAUACAAAAAAAAUCAGAUGAGCGUCAGCACCCGCAAGGCGGUGCUCUUGUUUUAUAUUUAAGGUAUCUUAAUCAUGUUAAUAAAUUUUAUGACCAAAAAUGUAUUUUCCCAUUGUAAAAUAUGGACAAAAUUACAAUUUCAAAAAACACCUUUUUAACAAACUUAACCAAAUAUUUGCAUGGAAAUGUUACUUUUAUACUAACUAAGAUAUCCUGAAAGUUCUGUAGCAAAAGGUCAACAAAUAAAGUUAAGAUUUAAAUUUUAAUAGUUUUUUUAUGUCCAUGAUUGCUGACUAAAUUUAACAUGGAAAAUUUCCUUCCAAAAUAGUUUUUUUGAUGUUAAAUUUAAAAUGAUAUUUUGAUAAUCAUAAAUAUGAACAGGCAGAAAAAAAUGCAUAUUGUACCUUUUGUAUUGUAUGUCGCUGAACUACUUUCAUCUAAUAUGCAUGACCUGACACAGUUCUGUAAAAAGUGCAUGCAAAAACUACACUCGUCGCAUUUUUCAAGUAAAAUUCCAGCUGAAAUAGAUGUCUGUGUAAAAAGGGUGGAGGAAAUUUUAGCUUUUAACCCAAUAUACCAAACUCUUCCUGUUACCAGUACGAAAUAAUAACUUCUUAUUUUGACUGGGGCAGUCUUUUUAAGAAAAGUCAAACUGCAUGCAGGAGUUGCUUCCCUUCAACUUCAGAAAUCUCUACCUAUAGGUAAGGGAGAUAAUUGCGUAGAAGAUUGAAGAAAAGAACUAUCAUUUUAUUAGUCUGAUUUCUUUAUUUCUAAAGAAUCAACUUCAAAUACUUCUAUGGCAUUGUCGUUAAUUUAAAACAUUUAAUUGCACAGCAACCGAAAAUGCUUUUAUAAAACAUUCACUAAAAACUCAAUAUGUGCAGUAAGAUGUGCAUAAUGCCACUUUAACAUUGAUAAACUGAGGAUUUUGUUUGAUAACAAAACAACAAACAAAAAGGUUGAGGUAUACAAUUAAAGUGUCAUUUUUAGCUCAUCUGAUUUUUUAAAAAAAAAUGAUGAGUUAUUGUCAUCACUUGAGCGGUUGUCGGCGUCGGCGUUGCCUGGUUAAGUUUUAUGUUUAGGUCAGCUUUUCUCCUAAACUAUCAAAGCUAUUGCUUUGAAAUUUGGAAUACUUUUUCACAAUCAUAAGCUGACCCUGUAUAGCAAGAAACAUAACUCCAUCUUGCUUUUUGCAAGAUUUAUGGCCCCUUUUAUACUUAGAAAAUAUCAGAUUUCUUGGUUAAGUUUUAUGUUUAGGUCAACUUUUCUCCUAAACUAUGAAAGCUAUUGCUUUGAAACUUGGAAUACUUGUUCACCAUCAUAAGCAGACCCUGUACAUCAAGAAACAUAACUCCAUCUUGCUUUUUGCAAGAAUUAUUGCCCCUUUUGGACUUAGAAAAUCAGUUUUCUUGGUUAAGUUUUAUGUUUAGGUCAGCUUUUAUCCUAAACUAUCAAAGCUAUUGCUUUAAAACUUGCAACACUUGUUCACCAUCAUAAGCUGACCCUGUACAGCAAGAAACACAACUCCAUCCUGCUUUUUGCAAGAUUAAUGGCCCCUUUUGGACUUAGAAAAUAUCAGAUUUCUUGGUUAAGUUUUAUGUUUAGGUCAACUUUUUCUCUUAAACUAUCAAAGCUAUUGCUUUGAAACUUGCAACGCUUAUUCACCAUCAUAAGCUGACCCUGUACAGCAAGCAACAUAACUCCAUCCUGCUUUUUGCAAUAAUUAUUGCCCCUUUUGGACUUAGAAAAUCAUUUUCUUGGUUGAGUAUUAUGUUUAAGGCAACUUUUCUCAUAAAAUAUCAAAGCUAUUGCUUUAAAACUUGCAACAGUUUUUCACCAUCAUAAGUGGACACUGUACACCAAGAAACAUAACUCUAUCCUGCCUUUUGCAAGAAUGAUGACCCUUUUUAGACUUAGAAAAUCAUGGGUAGGACAAUAUUUCUAUUAUACAAAAAAAAUCAGAUGAGCGUCAGCACCCGCAAGGCGGUGCUCUUGUUAAAUUAACAGUAGCUCGAUCUGGGAUUUUGUAUUGGGCUCUAGUGGAUCUUGCAAGCCCAGAUCAAACUGCACAUGCUCGCCUCGCACGAUCCGACCUGGCAAUGUCCGCUUGAGCAAAAUACAGCAUCCUAGAUCAAGCUACUAUUAUAAUUACCCUAUUAUAUUUAAAAAGACAUCAAGAAAAAAAACUUGUUGUCGAAAAGGUAGAUCAAACUAUAUGAGCACUAUUAUAUUUAUUUAAAAUUUUAAUGGAAAAAGUUGCAGUAAGGUCAGGCUGUCUUAUUAGAGUAUCAUGUAAGUUUUCCUAGGUCCCAGAUCUUAAAUAUCAGUUUGGACACCAUUUGCAGAACUCAGCGAUCUACUGUUUUAGGCAAAAUCUUUAAUUGAUCAAAUUUUGAGGGCUAAAGGAAAAACCUGUAAAACACUGAAUUUACAGAAAAGUUUUGACACAGUUUUCUGUUCAAACCUGGCCGUAGCAAUGUGCCCUUCUAAGACUGGUCUGUAUAAUGAUGAAGCCAGAUACCACAGUUAUAGGGGGCCUCUGUGGCUGAGUGGUUAAAGUCGCUGACUUCAGAUCACAUGCCCCUCAUCGAUGUGGGUUUGAGCCUCAUUCAGGGCAUUGAAUUUUUCUUGUGAAGCUAUCCAGCUGGCUUACGGAAGGUCGGUGGCUCUACCCAGGAGCCAGCUCGUGAUGAAAUAAUGCAUGGAGGGGCACCUGGGAUCUUCCUCCACCAUCAAAACUGGAAAAUUGUUAUAUGACCUAUAAUUGUGUCGGUGCGACAUUAAACCCAACGAAAUAAAAUAAAAAGACACAGAGUUAUAAAAUUUGAGUUUGAAGACCAGUCUUGGAAUGCAGCCUUGUCAUUGGUUAAUUUCAUGAAUGAGCUCAUAAUGAAACAAUCAGAUGCUAGAGCUUUGAGACUGGUCUACAAAUCAGUUUUAUUAUAGUGGACCCAGGAGAAAAGCACUUGCAUACACUAUGGUAGUUUGAAUUAAAUUUUCUUGAGAUUGUUUCCUGCCUCAGAGUCACCAUAUGAUCUAAACUGUGUAUGUGUGACUAUAAAAACCCAACAAAAUAAAUGUUUUCUGCCUCUGUGAUCUGGAAUGAAGUUUUCAUUUAUUUGCUUUGAACAAGCUAGUCGUGUUGAAAACUAGUUGAUCUCAGUUCUUUUUGGAUAUUUCUCCUAAAUCAUAGAAAUGCUGGCUCUGUAUUGUUUUUUUGUUUUCCAAUGUUAUUUUUAUAGUUUGAAUUGAUUCUUUGUAGAUAGUACAUCAUGGCCUUUCUAGUAUGCUUACUUGUUCUGUGUUUUGUGAAAACUUUUACAUGUACAUGAUUUUAUUUAUGAUAUUGUGACUAUGUCUACAUGGUAAUACAGAAAACAACAAAAAAGAA